AUGGGAAAGAAAUUCGCAGAUUCCGCUUCAAUUCCUCGAAAUUGGCCUUCUGACGUGAUCUAUCUAACCUCAAAUGAAUUCUCUCCUCCUUCGUUAAAACCUCCAAAUCCUUUAUCAUUUCCUCUUCCAAUAUCGAAACACCCAAAUCAUCCAUUUACUUCUUCCAAUUUACUUCCAAUAAUUCCCUCGCCUCCAAUGCCAAAUCCCAACGUUAUAAUAAAGAAAUUAACACAACAUGAUCAUCCUGCUUAUCCAGGAUAUGGAUUAUUUGCUAACAAAGAUUUAAAAGAAUGUAAUCUUGUCGUUUGUUAUACUGGUAAAGUUACGAGAGGAGGUGAAGAAGGAAGUGAUUAUGUAUUGGGAUUUUGCAGCGAACUUUGUAUCGACGGUUGGAAAAAAGGUAAUGAAGGACGAUUUGUAAACGAUUAUCGAGGCAUUCUACAAAGACCAAAUUGUACAUUUCAUGAAUUUAUUGAUGCGCAAACAGGUGAAAUAAAAAUGGGAAUUUGGAUUUGUGCAGGCGUAGGAAAAAUUAAAAAAGGACAUGAGAUCAUGGUUAAUUAUGGAAAAGGUUUCUGGAACAGCAGAGGGUUAUUGCGUGCGUAUUAA